UCGAGAUGGCCAACUCCAGCAAUCAGUUUCAAUCGAAACGCGAGGCGGCAAACAUGUUUUGAGAAAACGAGCUCUCGCCGAACCGAAACGAAGUCGAACACUGAGUCGCGCCAAGUGCCAAGUUUCAAAAGUUACGUUACCAAAUCAAGAAAAAUCACAACAAAUUGCAAAAUUGCAACAGAGAAAUAAAAACGAGAAAUAAGUGUAUAAAUCGCUAAGUGUCUAUUCGCAACGCCAGCUCACACCAGGAUUACGGGCAAACGGGCUGCGUGAAAAGCGAUCGAAAAAUGAAAACCAGAAAGUGACCGCAACAACACCCACAACCCACAGCUAAAAAGCUGCGAAAAAAAAAAUAAAAGCAAACCAUCUAAAGUUAACUAAGCCAACUAGCAAAUCACCGCAAUGCCAGCCAUAAUUUCCAACGCCUGCCUGUUGCUUCUCGUGGCGCUGACUUGUGCGCAUGCGCAGCAGUGCAAUUGGCAGUACGGCCAGUCCACCAUGGACAUCCGGUGCAGUGUCCGUGCGCUGGAGUCCACGGGCUCUGGAUCCCCGCUCGACCUCCAGGUGGCGGAGGCCUCCGGCCGCUUGGAGCUGCAGUGCAGCCAGGAGCUGCUCCACGGCAGUGAGUUGGCCCCCGGCCUCUUCCGCCAGCUGCAGAAGCUCUCCGAACUCCGGAUCGACUCCUGCAAGCUGCAGCGGGUGCCACCCAACGCCUUCGAUGGCCUCAUGUCGCUCAAGCGACUCACCGUCGAGUCGCACAACGCGGUCUGGGGACCGGGCAAAACGCUGGAGCUGCACGGCCAGUCCUUCCAGGGACUGAAGGAGCUGUCCGAGCUGCACUUGGGCGAUAACAACAUCCGCCAGCUGCCCGAGGGCAUCUGGUGCUCCAUGCCCAGCCUGCAGCUGCUCAAUCUCACCCAGAACCGGAUUCGGUCCGCCGAAUUCCUCGGUUUCUCCGAGAAACUCUGUGCCGGCUCGGCGCUGAGCAAUGCCAAUGGAGCCGUGAGCGGGGGUUCGGAGCUCCAGACCCUGGAUGUCUCCUUCAACGAGCUCCGAGCUCUGCCCGAUGCCUGGGGUGCAUCCCGAUUGAGGCGUCUCCAGACUCUGAGCCUGCAGCACAACAACAUCAGCAGCCUGGCGCCCAAUGCGCUGGCCGGUCUGAGUUCCCUGCGAGUGCUGAACAUCUCCUACAACCACUUGGAAUCCCUGCCCUCGGAGGCUUUUGCCGGCAACAAGGAGCUGCGGGAACUGCAUCUGCAGGGAAAUGAUCUGUUCGAUCUGCCCAAGGGUCUGCUGCACCGUUUGGAGCAGCUGUUGGUGCUGGAUUUGAGUGGCAAUCAGCUGACCAGUCAUCACGUGGACAACAGCACCUUCGCCGGUUUGAUUCGACUCAUUGUGCUAAAUCUGUCCAACAAUGCGCUCACCCGCAUCGGAGCCAAGACCUUCAAGGAGCUGUACUUCCUGCAGAUCCUCGACAUGCGCAACAACUCCAUUGGCCACAUCGAGGAGGGCGCCUUCCUGCCACUGUACAACCUGCACACCCUCAAUCUCGCCGAGAACCGUCUGCACACACUGGACAACCGUAUCUUCAACGGACUGUAUGUGCUGACGAAACUCACGCUGAACAACAAUCUCGUGAGCAUCGUGGAGACGCAGGCCUUCCGCAAUUGCUCCGAUCUCAAGGAGCUGGAUCUCAGCUCCAAUCAGCUGACGGAAGUGCCCGAAGCUGUGCAGGAUUUGAGCAUGCUGAAGACCCUGGAUUUGGGCGAGAACCAGAUUUCGGACUUCAAGAACAACACGUUCCGCAAUCUGAAUCAGCUGACGGGUCUGCGAUUGAUCGACAACCGCAUCGGCAACAUCACCGUGGGCAUGUUCCAGGAUCUGCCCCGCCUGAGUGUGCUCAAUCUGGCCAAGAACCGCAUCCAGAGCAUCGAGAGGGGAGCCUUCGACAAGAACACCGAGAUCGAGGCGAUCCGUUUGGACAAGAACUUCCUCACCGACAUCAAUGGGAUUUUCGCGACCCUGGCCUCUCUGCUCUGGCUGAAUCUCUCCGAGAAUCACUUGGUGUGGUUCGACUACGCCUUCAUUCCCUCCAACCUCAAGUGGCUGGACAUCCAUGGCAACUACAUCGAGGCCUUGGGCAACUACUACAAACUGCAGGAGGAGAUCCGAGUGACGACGUUGGAUGCCUCGCACAACAGGAUCACGGAGAUUGGAGCCAUGUCGGUGCCGAACUCCAUUGAGCUGCUGUUCAUCAACAACAACAUCAUUGGACAGAUCCAGGCCAACACCUUUGUGGACAAGACGCGGCUGGCCCGAGUGGAUCUCUACGCCAAUGUGCUGUCUAAGAUCUCGCUGAAUGCCCUCCGGGUGGCGCCCGUUUCGGCGGAGAAACCCGUUCCCGAGUUCUACUUGGGCGGCAACCCCUUCGAGUGCGACUGCUCCAUGGAGUGGCUGCAGCGGAUCAACAACCUGACCACCCGCCAGCAUCCGCACGUGGUGGAUCUGGGCAACAUUGAGUGCCUCAUGCCGCACAGCCGCAGUGCCCCACUGCGUCCGCUGGCCACUCUGUCCGCCUCCGAUUUCGUCUGCAAGUACGAGAGCCACUGCCCGCCCACAUGCCACUGCUGCGAGUACGAGCAGUGCGAGUGCGAGGUGAUCUGCCCCGGAAACUGCAGCUGCUUCCAUGAUGCCACCUGGGCCACCAACAUCGUGGACUGUGGCCGCCAGGAUCUGGCCUCCCUGCCCAACCGCAUCCCCCUGGACGUCAGCGAUCUUUACUUGGAUGGCAACAACAUGCCCGAACUGGAAGUGGGCCACCUGGUGGGUCGUCGCAAUCUGCGGGCCCUCUACCUGAACGCCUCCAAUCUGAUGACCCUGCAGAACGGCAGUCUGGCCCAGUUGGUCAAUCUCCGGGUGCUCCAUCUGGAGAACAACAAGCUGACCGCUUUGGAGGGCACCGAGUUCCGUUCGCUGGGACUUCUGCGGGAGUUGUACCUGCACAACAACAUGCUGACCCACAUUUCCAACGCCACCUUCGAGCCACUGGUUUCCCUGGAGGUCCUGCGACUGGACAACAACCGUCUGAGCUCCCUGCCCCAUCUGCAGUAUCGCCACAGUCUCCAGGGAUUGACGCUGGGCAGGAAUGCCUGGUCAUGUCGCUGCCAGCAGCUGCGGGAACUGGCCCAGUUCGUCUCCGACAAUGCCAUGGUGGUGCGGGAUUCGCACGAUAUCUACUGUUUGGAUGCGGGAAUCAAGAGGGAACUGGAGCUGAUUGGCAACCUGGCCAAUGGACCCGACUGCUCGGAACUGCUCGAUGCCAGUGCCAGCAAUAUCAGCUCAUCGCAGGAUUUGGCCGGAGGAUAUAGGCUGCCCUUGUUGGCCGCUGUUCUGGUGCUGAUCUUCCUGGUCGUCGUGCUCAUCAUCGUCUUUGUCUUCCGCGAAAGCGUUCGCAUGUGGCUGUUUGCCCAUUAUGGAGUGCGGGUGUGUGAACCCCGCUUCGAGGAUGCCGGCAAGUUGUACGACGCCAUCAUUCUGCACUCGGAGAAGGACUACGAGUUUGUGUGCCGCAACAUUGCCGCCGAGUUGGAGCACGGUCGUCCACCCUUCCGUCUCUGCAUUCAGCAAAGGGAUCUGCCCCCGCAGGCCUCGCACCUCCAGUUGGUUGAGGGAGCACGUGCCUCGCGAAAGAUCAUCCUGGUGCUGACUCGCAACCUUUUGGCCACCGAAUGGAACCGCAUCGAGUUCAGGAACGCCUUCCACGAGUCGCUGAGGGGUCUGGCCCAGAAACUGGUCAUCAUCGAGGAGACGAGCGUUUCCGCCGAGGCAGAGGAUGUGGCCGAGCUGUCGCCCUACCUGAAGUCGGUGCCCUCGAACCGCCUGCUCACCUGCGACCGUUACUUCUGGGAGAAGCUGCGCUAUGCGAUCCCCAUUGAGCUGUCUCCCCGAGGCAACAACUACACACUGGAUCACCAUGAGCGCUUCAAGCAGCCCGUGUCGCCGGGCAUGAUCUUCCGCCAGGCGCCACCACCGCCGGCCUACUACUGCACCGAGGAUAUGGAGGCCAACUACAGCUCGGCCACCACGGCCACGCCCUCGCCAAGGCCCACUCGUCCGGGUGGUGCCGCCCGCAUCGUGGACUCUAUGCCCAUGCCCAUGAGGCCGCCCUCGGAGCACAUCUACCACAGCAUCGAGUCGGAGUACAGUGCGUACGAUCAGCACGAGGCGCUCUCCAUGAUUCCCACGGGCCUGAUGCACCAGCACCAGCAGCAACAGCAGCAACAGUUGCGCCUGCACCAGCAACAGCAGCAGCAGCAGCAGCGACUGUUGCAGCCGCAGUUCCGGGCCAUGCCGCAGCAGGCGAUGCCCGUGGCCUCGGCGCCGGUGCACCUGCGCAGUGGCAGUGGUUUGAGCCAGGCCAGCACCAGUACGCAGUCGACGGCCCAGGCCUCCACUUCCGCAGCAGCGGCACAGCAACAGCAGCAGCAACAGCAACAGCAGCAGCAGCAGCAGCAACAUGCAUCUGGCGGCAGUGAAGCGGCCAAUAAGAACGGCCAGGCCUUCCUGGUGUAAACUUCCCAAUGGCCAUCUCUAUCAGCCUCGCAGCGCAGGAGCGGCCAUCUUGAAGCUGAUCGCUCACUGGCGCAAAAGGACUCGGGAAGAGGAAGCAGAAACAGGACGCACACUCAAACACACACAAACACACACGUACAUCCAAAACAAAAAGACUUUUUCGUAGGCAUUUCUUGAACCACAAUAUAUUUAUACGUAUUUUUUUUCGAAGCAUUACGCCUUUGGAUGUUGUGGUUGUUGUUCAAGUUUCGUAGUUGUGUAGCACUGCCAAAACAAGCACAAGACACGCCCACACAUUCAUAUACGAGCAUAUAGGAAUAUAAAAAAUAUUACAAUAUAAUUACCAUAAAAUGUAAACAAACAAUUACUAGAAAUGUUGCUAAAACACUUUCAAAUUCAAUGUGAUAUAUUAAUUAACUAUAAUUAAAUCGGCACAUGAGAUGAUGAUGCCCCUAACUGUAAUGCGUAGGCCUAUAUAUUAUAUAUAGUAGUUCUAGCCAGGCGUAAAGAACGUAAACCUAAAACUAAACUAAACUAUUGUUAACUACAAACUUAAAGUAAUGCUAAACAAAUACACACAUUCGUUCGCAUCCAGUUGAUCGUGUUUGUCGAUUCAUUCAUCCUAAGCUACACGAAACAAUAACUAAAUGAAUAUUGGAUAAACUUAAAUGUAUAUAGAGAAAUCGCAAGAGCAACCACAUUUAGAGCACUUAAUGUAUUUAUGUAUCGUACUGUAUAGAGAUGAUGGAGCUAAAUUAAUUGAAUUAAAUUUACUUAAUGACGAAAUGUAUUAUUAAAUUAAUUAUUACAAUUACAUAAAACCAACCAGAAGAAUAUAUCUGAGAAAAUAAAAUGCAAAAACAUUACAAAAAUAUUGACAAAAAUUAAA